GUAGUUCCCGGGGGAAUAAGGAUCAGUGUAUGUUCCUCCUCUACCUCGAUGCCACUUCAGUCAGCAAUACUAAAGGUCAUCACUCCAAGUCAGGCCAGGGCUCUCCUGAAGAUCGCUCUGGAGGAGAGGAGUUCAGUCUGAAGGAGCUGUACGCCAUCCAGGAGAUCCAGUCCCAGCCCGACCUGCUGAGACUCAUCGUACAGUCUUUGUGUCCUGUCAUCUACGGCCACCUGCUGGUGAAAGCUGCUCUGUCCCUGGUGUUGUUUGGAGGCCGACAGAAACACACGGGGAAGAACAGCGUCCCCGUCAGAGGAGACCCUCACAUCCUGAUGGUGGGAGACCCCGGCCUGGGGAAGAGUCAGAUGCUGCAGGCAGUGUGUAAUGUGGCUCCCAGAGGAAUCUAUGUCUGUGGCAACAGCACAAGCACCACAGGACUUACAGUGAGUUUAUCCAGAGACGCAGGAACAGGAGAUUUUGCUCUAGAGGCCGGGGCCUUGGUGCUGGCUGACCAAGGCGUGUGCUGCAUCGAUGAGUUUGAUAAGUUGGGCAACCAGCAGCAGGCUCUGCUGGAAGCCAUGGAGCAGCAGUCUGUGAGUCUGGCUAAAGCUGGAAUCGUCUCCUCUCUUCCUGCCAGGACGUCGGUCGUAGCGGCUGCCAACCCCAUCGGAGGACAUUACAACCGAGGAAAGACUGUUUCUGAAAACCUCAAAAUGGGCUCAGCGCUUCUCUCUCGAUUCGACGUGGUCUUCCUCCUCCUGGACAUCCCGGAUGAGUCACAUGACCGUCACCUGUCUGAACACGUCAUGGCGAGCCGGGCAGGAAAAGGCAGAACCAGCAGCGCUUUAGUUACCCGGGCUAACAGCCAAUUAGAGACCUCCAUCCUGCUGGAACACUCUGACAUGCCGUUGUCUCAACGCCUGCAGAUCCCUGCCGGUGAGAGCAUAGACCCCAUCCCGGCGUCUUUGUUGAGGAAGUACAUCAGCUACGCUCGGCAGUACGUCCACCCCUCGCUCUCUCCUGAAGCAGCAGAGAUCAUUCAGGAGUUUUACCUGUCGCUGAGAUCUCAGGGGCACUCUGCUGACUCCACUCCCAUCACCACGCGGCAGCUCGAGUCUCUGAUCAGACUCACUGAGGCGAGAGCACGGCUGGAUCUCAGAGAGACGGCUACAAAGAGCGACGCUGAGGAAGUGGUGGAGAUCAUGAAACACAGCCUUGCUGAUACGUACUCAGACGGUCUGGGCAAUCUGGACUUUGAGCGCUCACAGCUUGGAUCCGGCAUGAGUCAGCGCGGCGCCGCGAAACGACUGGUCAACGCUCUGCACCAGCACGCUCAGAGGACCAAUCAGAAGCAGUUUGACCUACAGAUGCUCCGAUCCAUUGCAGACAGAAUGAACAUGAAGGUGAUGGAUUUCGAAGGUCUGGUGAGUUCCCUGAAUGAACAGGGCUUCCUGCUGAAGAAAGGAGCCAAGCUGUACCAGCUGCAGACGGUCUGAUCUCUAAAACCCCCCGCAGAACACACGCCGGCUUCUUCCUGCACACUACACUUAAGCCGAACCACAUUCAGCAAACCACCGACCAGAAGAACUGUGUUACCUUUUGAGAGACCACAAGUGACUCAAAGACUGCACUCUCCUAACCACUGAAACCUGUCAGAGCGCUUCUCUCUGCCCGCCCUACAGCAACCACAGUGUCCUGCGUUAGCACACUCUUCCUGCUACAAAGAGGAACUGCACCACUACCCACACAAACUAAACAGUGUUUGAUGUGAUUGGGCUGUACUUGCAUUAGUAAAGUAAAACUCCAAUCGUUCUAAAAACCUGUAUCUUAAUAAAAACAUUAUUUCACGAUUAGAAAACCCUAUUAGUCUGGUCCACUUUGCUUUUUAGUUGACAUGUAUUUUAAAGCAGGCUACAUUGUGACUAUUUCAAACAACAGUUUUUGCGAAGCCCCUUAACCCCCCCCACCUAAUGUUAUAAUAAUUAAUGUUUAGGUUUGUUUCCCUUACAACGUUCUGAAAGUCUUUAAGGAGAUAUACUUGCAUUUUAUAAAUACUUAAUAGAUGUCAAUACUGUCUUACUGUCCAGAGUUGUUUUUAUAUUGUUCAUUCUCAAUUAAUUCUGUAUCAUCUAAUGUGUUUUCUCUUUUGUACGCUAUGCACUUUAUUUGUUAAUAUGAAACACUUGGUGAAUAAAUCAUUUUUAUUUUAUU